CGGAAGGUUCCGUCACAGGCAAAGCAACCCCAAAAUUAAUUUUCCCCAAUCCUCACCCCGCGUCUUCAAGCUGUGAAGCCCACUCCACAAAUGCAGCGAUGUCCAUUGAACCUGCUUAGGCUUCCCAGCACUCUAAGAUCGCAAUAUGCAUCGCAUUUUCUUCCUUUUUCCCUUUCUCGAACCUUCACCACUUCGGUGACUCGAUAUGCCAUCGCUAAGAAAGUCGUUGGGGAUCUAGAACGUCGCAUCCAAGCUAUACCCAUUGAACGAUUUCGGAACUUCUGCAUCGUAGCACAUGUAGAUCAUGGGAAAAGUACACUUAGUGACCGAUUACUCGAGUUGACGGGUACGAUUGAACCUGGCGGUGAUAAACAAAUUUUGGAUAAGCUGGAAGUAGAAAGGGCAAGAGGUAUUACUGUCAAGGCGCAAACAUGUAGUAUGUUAUGGAACCAUGAAGGGGAAGAUUAUCUGCUUCACUUGGUAGAUACGCCGGGCCAUGUGGACUUUAGAGCUGAGGUAUCGAGAUCAUAUGCUAGUUGUGGAGGGGCUCUACUACUAGUAGAUGCAAGUCAAGGAGUACAGGCUCAAACGGUUGCGAACUUCUAUUUGGCAUUUUCACAGGGGUUGACAUUGGUACCAGUGGUUAAUAAGGUGGAUCUACCAACAGCGGAUCCACCAAGAGCAUUGGAGCAGAUGGAAAGUACGUUUGAAUUGGCGCCUGAGAAUGCGGUUUUGGUCAGCGCGAAGACGGGGUUGAAUGUUCCAGCUAUUCUUCCAAAUGUCAUCAGACAAAUUCCAGCCCCGGUUGGCGACUAUACGAAGCCACUAAGGUUAUUGUUGGUAGAUUCAUGGUAUGAUAAUUACAAAGGAGUUAUCUUACUAGUCAGGAUUUUCGAUGGGACAAUCAAGGCUGGAGACCAAAUCGUGAGUUUUGCAACUGGAAUUAAGUAUUUCGUUGGUGAAGUAGGUAUUAUGUAUCCAGAUCAGACUCCACAAACUGUUUUGAGAGCUGGGCAGGUUGGAUAUAUCUACUUCAACCCUGGUAUGAAGAAAAGUCAGGAGGCCUUGAGUGGAGAUACAUUUACCACUGUCGGUUCAGAGCAUCUAGUAGAAGCAUAUCCUGGAUUCGAAGAGCCAAAGUCUAUGGUUUUUGUGGCAGCUUUCCCGGUCGAUCAGGGUGACUAUCAUCAUUUAGAAGACUCCAUCAAUCAAAUCGUACUCAACGACAGAAGCGUAACUCUGCAAAAGGAGUCUUCAGAAGCACUCGGUGCAGGAUGGCGUUUAGGAUUCCUUGGUACUCUACACUGCUCUGUAUUUGAAGACCGUUUACGUCAAGAACAUGGUGCAAGUAUCAUCAUUACACCACCCACCGUGCCUUUCAAAGUCAUUUGGCGCGAUGGCACAGAGUCAAUUAUUCAAAAUCCUGCUCUUUUUCCCGAACACGAAACCACUAAUCAACGUGUCCAAGAACUUCAAGAGCCUUAUGUCUCUGCUACCAUUACUCUUCCCGAAGAAUAUCUUGGUAAAGUAAUUGAACUCUGCGAGGCAAACCGCGGUGAACAAGUCGAUCUAACCUUCUUCACCGCCACCCAAGUCAUUCUCAAAUACGAUCUCCCCCUUGCACAACUCGUUGAUGAUUUCUUCGGAAAACUCAAAGGUGCAACCAAAGGCUACGCAAGUCUCGAUUACGAAGAUGCCGGAUUCCGCAGAAGUAGUAUCGUGAAACUACAACUUCUGGUCAACAAAGGACCAGUCGAUGCAGUGGCACGAGUAGUACACACAAGUCAAGUCGAAAAAAUUGGGAGACAAUGGGUAACGAAAUUCAAAGAACAUGUUGAUAGACAAAUGUUCGAGGUGAUUAUUCAAGCACAAGCGGGAAAGAGAAUCGUGGCGAGAGAAACCCUUAAACCCUUUAGAAAAGAUGUAUUGCAGAAGUUACACGCGAGUGAUAUUGGAAGAAGAAGAAAGUUAUUAGAUAGACAGAAAGAGGGAAGGAAGAAGUUGAAGGCCGUGGGCAAUAUCGCAAUUGAACAUGAAGCUUUCCAAAAGUUUUUAGCGAAGUAAGGGGAGGAGGUGUUGAGGAAGGAGGGAGAAGUUUAAUGAAUAUAUAUCAAUAUGUAUAUAUUAUAUAUGUACCAAAUACCACAAAGAUGUUGAACCAGACCUACAUCUUCAACGAUUUACUAUCAUUUGACUCUCUAUGUCCUCUCCUACCUGUCACCCGUCCACCCUCUAUCCCGCAAC